GCAAAGCAACAAGUUUUUAAAUAAUGAAUUUGAAUAAAAAGUUUAUUUAAAUAAUACAGAAAGAAAUGAAUCGUUAUAAAGUAAGCUCCUUAGUGGGAGAAGGUUCUUUUGGUUUGGUGUAUAAAGCCGUACGAAAGGAUGAUGAUCAGACAGUGGCCAUUAAAGUUAUAUCCAAAAGGGGUCGUUCUACGCGCGAAUUAAAAAAUUUGCGACGGGAGUGUGAUAUCCAAGCCCAGCUGAAACAUCCCAAUGUCAUUGAGAUGUUGGAGUCAUUUGAGACUAAAAAUGAAUUGGUUGUGGUAACAGAAUUUGCUCUCAUUGAUUUGCAUCGUUAUAUGUCACGUAAUGGUGCAUUAACGGAGGAGAAUGCCCAACGUUUAAUAUGCCACUUGGUGUCGGCUUUGUACUAUUUACACUCCAAUCGUAUCUUACAUCGUGACUUGAAACCACAAAAUGUUUUACUCGAUGAAGAUUUACAUGCCAAAUUGUGCGAUUUUGGUUUGGCUAGAAAUAUGACUAUGAGUACACACGUUUUGACUUCCAUUAAGGGUACUCCCUUGUAUAUGGCUCCAGAGCUAUUGGCAGAACGACCCUAUGACCACCUAGCAGACUUGUGGUCUUUGGGUUGUAUUUCUUAUGAAACUAUGGCGGGACAACCUCCAUUCUGUACUACGUCGAUUUUGCAUUUGGUAAAGAUUAUCAAGCAUGAAGAUGUAAAAUGGCCAAGUUUUCUCAGCAGUGAGUGUCGUUCGUUUCUACAGGGCUUACUUGAAAAAGAUCCUUCUUUGCGUAGCAGUUGGGCUCAGAUUUUAUGCCAUCCUUUUGUUGAAGGAAAACUCUACAUAAAAGCUGGCAUUAAAGCUGAGAACUCACCUUUUAUAAAUCCUCAAAUUAACAAAAAUAAAUCAAAGACUUCCAACACGAAAGAAAAUUUGGAUCUUAACAAAAUUGCCAAGCAGUUACGCACAAUCAAUCUAAAUGAAACCCAAGACAAUCUGAUGUGUUCGCGUGACAGUAUUAAUGCUAUACCGCCAAGUGAUAUUGAGCAAUUGGAAACAGAUGUGGAGGAUAAUAUAAAUCGCAUUUCGGUGCCAUUUACCGAACAAUCCUACAGAGCCGAUAAUGUGAAAGCUAUUGCAAACAAUCAUUUGAAACCGCCAGACAUUACGCCAGCUCCAGUAGUUAAUUCUCAGACUUGUUUUGUUAGCGGUAAUAACAAUAUGAUAUUAAAUCAUUUAAAUGACAAUUUUGCUCUAAACGAGGCGGCUAAAUGUGGAAGUAGUGCAAGUGGCAGUAAUAAAAACAAAACCAUGACAAGUAACAACUCGCUUAAGAAAUCGCGAAAUAAAGACUUGGAAAAGCGUAAACUGAGUCAAAAUCUGGACAAUUUUUCGCUACGAUUGGGCCACAAUGUAGAAAAUGACAAUCAAAAGAAAUCCGGUGAUAAGAUUUCCCUUACGAAAAAAGAUCAGGAAAAUACUUUGAAAGACUCUAAAAACAAUACUAUGAAAACUUCUAAUCAGUCGGGAGAGGAAAAACAAAACGCCGAAAAUUCACCUCCUUGUUUAUUGCCUGGCUGGGAUUCGUGUGAUGAAUCCCAAAGUCCUCCCAUAGAAAAUGACGAAUGGUUGGCCUUUUUACACCGAUCUAUGCAGGAGGUUCUUGAUGGUGAAUUGGAAUCACUAAAACAGCAAAAUUUGGUUAGUAUUAUAGUGGCACCUCUACGUAACUCCAAAGCCAUACCCAAAGUAGUGGAUAGUGUGGUUCAAUUGUUAUCCUUGCCGUUUGUGUUAAACGAAUCCUUAUGUAUUAUUGAACUAAUAAAAAUGGUCUAUAUUGAUGUUAAAUUGGUGCCCAAUUUAAUGUAUGCCUCCAAACUCUUAAUCUAUCAACGCUCAGUCGAUGACUCCACCGCCUCUUUGCCCUUGACAGAUAAUCCUCAACGUAAAAUACGCACAGUUAGUGAGUUAAAUAAUGAGGAAAUCAAAUGUGCUUCCAGACUUUAUGAGCUAAUUUGUCAUUUGGUUCUCAUUAAACAACAAUUUUUGACGCAAUUUUGUGAUGCAGUGGCUAUCUUGGCGGCAGAUGAAUUGCUCAUAAACUUUCUCAAUCAGGACUUUAAAAAUGUAUACGCUUUGCGCAUUGCAAAUUGUAUACUGGCAUUAUUGGGUUGUGUUUUAAGGGAGCUGCCGGAAAACGCAGAAUUAGUAGAGAAAAUAAUAUUUUCUUCAAAAGUAGACUUGCUAGCAUUGCUGAAAUAUCCCAAUAACUUGUUGAGAUUGAGAAUGUGCAUGUUGAUGCGUUUAUUGGGCAGAUUCAGUUUAAGGGCUUUACAAAAUUCCUGGUCCUCCCAUGUAAAGCAAGCAAUAGAAGAUUUGGCUGAAGUGGAUAACGAAGAAGUAAAAGAGGAAGCUGAAAAUACUUUAAACGAACUACGUCAAUUUUCGUUUUAUUCUUAAAUUGAGAAUUGGCAUACUUAUAAGCAUUUCUUUUUAUUUUAUGCUUAAAAACAAAGGCAUUUAUUUUUUUGAAUUGAGCAUUUUUAGACUUAAUUUUUUAUCUUAAUAUUAAGUGAAUAUUUUGUCUAAUGUUCCCUGAAAAUAAUCUAUAAUUUCAUUUAAUGAGUUUCCAAAUCGAUCAAAAUUAAAUAUGUUGAAACUAUUGCAA